UUUGACAUUAUACAAGUCAUCACCACAAUCUUUCAAAUUAAUCUGUUAAAAACAGAAUUAUUUAAUUUAGAAGGUCAAACUAUGUUAUUUCUGAGUAAGAUUAUAGGGAAUUUGUCUGGAAGAGUUCCUUCACAUGCCAAUUUUAGUAAUUCUUACAGAAAUAUAAGUCAUUUAGCUAUACAUGAUGAGGAUGUUGGAAGCAUGAUAGAACGAUAUGAAUGCCUUUUCUCGCAAGAAGGUGCCGAUGGAUGGGAUAUCCGACAAGCUAUGAAUGAUCUUACUGGAUACGAUUCGGUUCCAGAACCAAGAAUAGUCAUUGCAGGUUUGAAGGCGUGUCGGCGUCUCAACGACUACGCCAUGGCGAUCAGAUUUCUGGAGAUGGUCAAGCAUAAAUGCGGAAAUAAUAGAAAAACCAUUUGGCCAUAUAUAGUUCAAGAAGUAAAAGGUACAGCGAAAGAGCUGGGAGUUGAGUUUCCGGAAGAUUUGGGUUACGACAAACCAGAGUUAUACAUGGAGUCUGUAUUUGAUAUGUAGAAUUUGAUAUAUAGAUCUUGAGACGAAUGUGGUUCGUUACUUACAUGUUACGUAAAUUUGGUUUUCUAAUAUUUACUUAUUUUUAACCGACUUCAAAAAAGGAGGAGGUUCUCAAUUCGUCGCAAUAUUUUUUUUUAAUUUUUUUUUAUGUAUGUUCAGCGAUAAUUCUUUAACACGAUAUCCCAUUUUAAUACAUUUUUUUUAUUAGAAAAGGGGUACUUCAGGGGUGGUCCCAUAUAAAUUUGGUCAACAUCUAAUAAUUGGGUCCAUGAGACAAUCCUCAAACUCUUAAUUUUUUAUGUAUGUUUAGCGAUAAUGCUUUACCACCUUGUCCGAUUUAUAUGAUUCUUUUUUUGUUAGUAAUUGGGUACCUCAGGGGUGGUCCCAUAUAAAUUUAAUUAAGAUGUGGUGAUGGCAUCUGCACGUUUUUGAAGUCGGUUUUUUUAAUUUUUUAAUUUCUAAUACUUGUGUUAUGAUUGAAUGCCU